AAACGCCCCCCCCCCUCUUCCUCUACGGAUGCUGCAGUAAAGUUGGCCGCGCGUGCGCACUCUCGGUCCUCUUUUUCUUGGAAGCGCCCCUGACCCAUCGCACCAUGGCAGAUCCCGAUCUUGACUUCACGACUGCCGAUUCUGGCGCCUCCGCCACCUACCCCAUGCAGUGCUCUGCUCUGCGCAAGAACGGCUAUGUGGUGCUGAAGGGACGUCCCUGCAAAAUUGUGGAGAUGUCCACCUCCAAGACUGGCAAGCACGGGCACGCCAAGGUUAACCUGGUUGGUAUCGACAUCUUCACCAACAAGAAGCAUGAGGAUAUGUGCCCCUCCACCCACAACAUGGAUGUCCCCUCCAUCAAGAGGAUAGACUACCAGUUGGUUAACAUCAAUGAAAGCUACAUGACCUUGAUGAGCGACAACGGUGAAAUCAGAGAGGACCUGCGUGUCCCUGAAAGCGAUAUCGGCAGGGAAAUUGAGACAAAGUUUGAAGCUGGUGAUGAGUUCAUGGUCACCGUGAUUUCUGCCAUGGGGGAGGAAUGUGCCGUCGCUACCAAGGUCCUGGCCAACAAAUAGGGAGACAGACUUUGCUGCCCAGGCAAAAAGCACCACCCACAACCAGUCUCUUGCAUUCUCAUUGGUUCUGUCACCAAAGCGUCGGCCUUCACAGACAACCUCAAUCAUUCUGUUGUAAUUUCUCUCAUCAAUGAUCUUUUUUUUUUUUUUUCUCUUCUCCUCCCCCUCAUCGUUUCUCUUUUCCAUCGCUGUUGGUAGAGUUCUGCUGCAGCUCGCUGCAUGGUCCUCUGUCUGAUCGCUGAGGUUUUGUUUGGUAACGAUCAACUUUAUAUAAAACAACUUCAAAAAUAACGGAUCAGUUGCUCAUUCCUGCUUAUUUUUGCCUUCAACGUGUUGGUUUUGCCACUCACAUUCCUGAAUGUUUAAAUAACAACGGGAUUCAGCUUUUGUAUGAUUAUUUUUUAUAUUCUUGAAUAUAGCAGGUUUAAAGCCUUUUAGAGGGAAGGGGAUGGGAGGGGGCAGUUUUUCAGUUAUUAAAGCAGUGGGCGGGAGGGUUUCCCCUGUAGAUACUAAAUUCUGGUUUAGGUUGUCCCUCUAGCAGCCAUAACGCUUUCCAGCAUGGCCCGUGCUCUUGUUCCCAAGUGGAUUGGGCGCGACAAGGUCCAUUUUCCUCUCAAUAGCUGAGAUUGGUGGUGGCUAGCACUUCAGAGCACUUGAGGUCCACUGCAGCAUGUAAAACCUCUAAAACCAAGAAAAGAGAAGUGUUUAUUUUAUUUUUUUUCUCCCCCCCUACGAAAGAACAGAAGCAAACUUCAGUGAUUAACCCUCAUGAUGCCAGUCUCUUGUCUGUGUAGAAGUCUGAGGGGUGUGAGCGUCCUGUACACUCUCACCUCUUGUCCACCGAGGCAGUCGAGAUCACCCCACUGCCCUGACUAUCCCCCAAUACAAAGGAGUGUUAUGUUUUGUUUAGAGAGGCAUGAGUGUGUAGCGUUGUGGGCCUCCAAAUUGUGGGAGGUGGUUUGCAGUGAGGCGUGUUUCUUUUGAGGGACUCGAUCGGGGAGGGGGAGGGUGGUUGAGUUGCAAACUUUUUGUUCACUCGAGGCCUUUGUCACCUGACUGGAGAUGGCAAAAAUAAAACGAUGAAACAAAUGGACAAAAACUGCAAACUAUGUCUGGUUUUCUGUCUCUAAUGUAUCGAGUAACUUAAAUAUAUAUAUAUCUAGGUGGAGUCAGACAAAAUGACGGAGGAGCAUUAUCUUGGACAGGGUCUGAAAUUAUCUACCAGGUUUUAUACUGGUCAUGUAUAUGCCACUUCUUAGUUCCAUAUAAAACUGUUGAAAAUGUAUACGAGGACAAGUCAACAGUACUAGACGUGGAAAAUCAGUAAUAAAAAAUUUAACCGCUGAGUGUCCAUAACUUAAAAAUGGCCUUUUACAAAAUGAAAACCAACUAGGGCCAUGGUGGCAGCAGGUGAGUUAGCAUUUUUUUUACAUGCCAUAGACCACAUUCUGCUUUAUUCUGGCAGCUGAUUUCCUGACUAAGCUGUUAGUGCUAAAACCCCUUGGAAAAAUACUUUUUUCCCCCAAAACACUAAAAGAAUGGUCCAAACUACUCAAGGUACAAAGCUUUGGAUCAAAACCUUGUCUUUCAUGAAGGUUCUAAUGCUUCCUAUGAAAAUCCUUAAAAAUGCAAUUAAAUGUUUAUUGCAAAGGUG